AUGUCGCCUUCCAAGACUGACUCAAUCAUCAUUGUUGGUGCUGGUGUGUUCGGCCUCAGCACUGCUCUGGAGCUGAAGCGCCGGGGCUAUACUGAUGUCACCGUUCUGGACCGGUACAACCCUCCUGCUGUGGACGGAAGCAGUGUGGAUAUCUCGCGUAUUAUCCGAAUUGAUUACGCGGACCCAGUCUAUUGUCAAAUGGCCUACGAGGCGUAUCAAGGCUGGAAGAAUGAGUACAAGGAUCACUACUAUGAAUCCGGCUUUGCACUAUUGUCAGAGACGCCAGAGAAUGACUGGAUUACGAAGUCCGCGGCGACUGUGCGAGCCAAUGGCGGCACUGUUGAGGAUCUAGAUGAUGCGGCCACCCUGGUCAAGUCAUAUCCAAACAUUCAAUCCAAUCUGGCUGGAAUGAGCGGAUACCUGAACCGCAGGGGUGGAUGGGCUGACGCAGCCGGGAGCAUUCAAAAGCUGGCUUCUCGUUGCAGUGUGGAAGGUAUCUCCAUCAUCACUGGACCUCGCGGAAGUGUGGUAUCACUUCUUCGUGAGGGUUCUCGGGUCGUUGGUGUGAACCUUAUGAAUGGAAGCUCUCUUCAUGCCUCGCAAGUCAUCCUGAGCACGGGUGCAUGGACAACUCGCCUCCUGGAUGUUACACACGCUGCAUCGUCUUCCGGGCAGCCGGUCGGCUUUAUUCAGCUGACUCAAGACGAGGCACGCUCUCUGGAUAACACACCCGUCAUGAUCAAUAUGACCACUGGUGUCUUCGUGUUCCCUCCGACACCUGGCAGCAAUAUCUUGAAGCUUGCGCGCCACGGAUAUGGAUAUGCCAAUGAGGUGACUGUGGAGACGGACGGUGUCAAGCGCACUAUCUCGUCGCCGAAAUUCGAUAGCAGUAAUUCAGAGACAGGAUACCUGCCCGAGGAUGCUGACGAGGAUCUCAGGAAGGGUCUGCGUCAGUUCUUCCCCAAAUUCGCGGAUCGACCCUGGAUGAACCGCCGUUUGUGCUGGUACACGGAUACCCCUAAGGGAGAUUUCAUCAUCGACAACCAUCCGACUCUGGACGGCCUUUUCGUGGCUACCGGAGGAGCUGGACAUGGAUUCAAAUUCCUCCCUAUUCUGGGCAAAUACAUUGCAGACUGCUUUGAGAACAAGGCAUCAGAGGAGUUACGGCAGAAGUGGAGACUCCAGCCGGCACUUCGCGAUGCCUCCAGUGGUAAUGGCAUGAAGGGUGAUGGAAGUCGGGCAGGUCCCCCGUUGAGAAAUCUCACCGCCUUGGAGAAGGCCAAGCUGUAAACUCAAAAGCGACGGUUAUCAUUGAUGUCCAAAUUGGAAUACUCAUCUCUACCAGAUUGGACAAGAAGCUAUUUCUACCUGCAUCUGAAUCUAGAAUAUCAUCGCAGUCAUACGUGGAGAUCAGUAGGAUAAAAUGGUAAAUUCACA